AAAUGAGACGCAAUCCUUUGUUUGGAAAUAGUGCAUUUACGUGAGUUCGAAGCGUUUCAAACUGUGAAUACUAGUUGUAAUCGCUUGAAAAUCAUCACAAGCAUAUAUUUUACAACCGCUCAAGGUACUAAAAGGUUUUAAAACCGGUUUAAAUCAGCUAUAUGAUUCUGUUCGCCUGGUACAAAUAUUUCGCGAUAACCUUGAUUUUCUUGUCAAUACCAUGGCGAAAUUGGUCAAUUUCGUACUAAAAAUUGUACAACUGCACGGAUAUAGUGCUAAUUAUGAUCCAAUAAGUUUCUAAUAAGGCAAAAAUGUCGGCGUUAGAAAAUCAAGUAUGGCCGGAAUUGUCGAAAGAAAAUUUAAGUUCGAAAUAUGAAAAAUGCAGGAAUAUAACGGAGGAGAUAUACAAAAGAAUAAAUAUAACUUUUCAAAUAAAGAAACUGGAAAAUGCUGGCCAGAGUGAUGUUUCAGAACAUAGUGACGUCAUCGACAGCAAUGACCUAAGUAAUGAAACAGAUCUCUUCGCUUGUGACAAGACUGACAGUCUACCUAGCAGCGAGGAGAAGAAUGAAUACGUCAACAUUAACAACAAUGUUGAGCCGAGAGUGAAAGAUGUUAAAAAGGUUACUGUUUCCAAGAGGCCGAGGAAACGGUUCAGGAAACGAGUGAAGAAACAUCAAUCAAAGUCGAAAGCGAGCGACAGCGACGGCUCGAGCGAUGAGGCCCCUCUCAGUCGUAUAGUCGACACUCAAUGCGUCGCUGAGUCCCCGGAAAGCGUGAUGGGUGUCCCAGGGAUCAUCAUACUUACCAAAGACGUAAAACCCAGAACCCAGUCUCCAGAAAAGAAGCCAAAAAAAGCAACUCCAUUACAAAAAGACCAAAAGAUAAGUAGUGCACAAACCGUACAUAACGAUAUAAACAGGAAAGGGGGAAAACACACCACAAAUAAGACCUUUUUGUCUGAAAAUACUCCCCGCGAAAAGAUGACCAUAGAGACUGAGAAGUCGUUGAAGAUUAUCAUAGACAAAACGGAAGUUGAGAAAAUGAUUACAGACACAUUAGCAGCAAAGAACGCUACAAAUGACGUCGAAACUAUCAACAAACAAUUAGGACAAGCCAAUGACAAGAUAGAACAGCAAGUUGGGAAAAUGAUCAUAGAUACGUUAUCAAGACAAAAGCCUACAAUAGUAGUAGAUGAAAAGGUAGGAAAACCCAUAGACAAUGUGAAAGAGUGUAAGCCCAUAGAGAAAGCAACCAUUUUAGAUGUGAAGAAAAAAUCUUUUGUGGAGUCAAAACCUUGCACCAUGUGCAGUAUGGCUUUUCGCGGUGAACGGGGAUUGAGGCGUCACAUGGCCAUAACUCAUAUAAUUAGCGAAGAAAAGAAAUCUGUCAGGCCAGAACGAGAAGUGAAACCAGCUUAGGCCGUAUCAAUUCAUCGAUAACAUUUAUAAAGGUAUUGCCAGAUAGACAAAUUUACGCAUCUGUCUGUGCUGCGGACAUCACGAUUUAUUUCUAUUGGCUAUUGAAUUUAGCCAUAAGUUCCAGAAAAUGUAUCACAUUUUUUGGCACACAAAUUGGUGUUUUUUCUAGGAUUAUUUAGAUAAUAAUAAUUGUCAAAUGGUUUUUAAAUGUCAAGAUGUAAGGAGUUUUUAAAUUUAAGGCAAAUAUUUGGGGGAAAUAUGAGAGCGUGAAGGAAUGGAGUCAGAAUG